UUAUGAGAAAGAAAAGAGGAAGAGAAGAUGAAUCAUACAAUAUUUCAGAGGUCAUGUCAAAAGAGGAAAUUUUGUCUGUGGCUAAAAAAAAAAAGGAGAAUGAGGAUGAAAGCUCCUCUUCUAAUCUCUGUGUAGAAAAUCUUGAGAAAAACAAAGACUCAAAUAGUAUAAUUAAAGAUAGGUUGUCACAAACGGUGAGGCAGAAUACUAAAUUCUUCUUUGACCCAGUUCGGAAAUACAAUGGACAGCCGGUACCCUUUCAGCAACCAAAACAUUUUACAGGAGGAGUGAUGCGAUGGUACCAAAUAGAAGGCAUGGAAUGGCUUAGGAUGCUUUGGGAAAAUGGAAUUAAUGGCAUUUUAGCAGAUGAAAUGGGAUUGGGAAAGACAGUUCAGUGCAUUGCCACAAUUGCAUUGAUGAUUCAGAGAGGAGUACCUGGACCUUUCCUUGUCUGUGGGCCUUUGUCUACACUUCCUAACUGGAUGGCUGAAUUCCAAAGAUUCACACCAGAAAUUCCCACUAUGUUAUAUCAUGGGACCCAGCAGGAGCGUCAAAAACUGGUAAAGAAUAUUCACAAACGGAAAGGGACACUACAGAUUCAUCCUGUGGUAAUCACUUCAUUUGAAAUAGCCAUGAGAGACCGAAAUGCAUUACAGCAUUGCUUUUGGAAAUACUUAAUAGUAGAUGAAGGACACAGGAUUAAGAACAUGAAGUGCCGUCUAAUCAGGGAGUUAAAACGAUUCAAUGCAGAUAACAAACUUCUUUUGACUGGGACUCCCUUGCAAAACAAUUUAUCAGAACUUUGGUCAUUGCUAAACUUUUUGUUGCCAGAUGUAUUUGAUGACUUGAAAAGCUUUGAAUCUUGGUUUGAUAUCACUGAUCUUUCUGAAACUGCUGAAGAUAUUAUUGCUAAAGAAAGAGAACAGAAUGUAUUACAUAUGCUACACCAGAUUCUAACACCUUUCCUACUGAGAAGACUAAAAUCUGAUGUUGCUCUUGAAGUUCCUCCUAAACGAGAAGUAGUCGUUUAUGCACCACUUUCAAAGAAACAAGAGACCUUUUAUACAGCCAUUGUGAACCGUACAAUUGCAAACAUGUUUGGAUCCAGUGAGAAAGAAACAGUUGAGCUAAGUUCCACUGGACGACCAAAACGGCGAACAAGAAAGUUAAUAAAUUAUAGCGAAGCAGAUGAUUUCCCUAAUGAGUUGGAAAAAUUGAUCAGUCAAAUUCAGCCAGAGCUAGACCGAGAAAGAGCUAUUGUGGAAGUGAAUAUUCCUGUAGAAUCUGAAGUUAAUCUGAAGCUGCAGAAUAUAAUGAUGCUACUUCGUAAAUGCUGCAAUCAUCCAUAUUUGAUUGAGUACCCUAUAGACCCGGUCACACAAGAGUUUAAGGUUGAUGAACACUUGGUAACAAAUUCUGGGAAAUUCUUAAUUUUGGAUCGAAUGCUGCCAGAACUAAAAACCAGAGGUCACAAGGUGCUGCUCUUUUCACAAAUGACAAGAAUGUUGGACAUUUUGAUGGACUACUGCCACUUUAGAAAUUUCAACUUUAGCAGACUUGAUGGGUCCAUGUCUUACUCAGAGAGAGAGAAGAAUAUGCACAACUUCAACACAAAUCCAGAUGUGUUUAUCUUCUUAGUGAGUACACGAGCUGGUGGCCUGGGCAUUAAUUUGACUGCAGCAGAUACAGUUAUCAUUUAUGAUAGUGAUUGGAAUCCCCAGUCUGAUCUUCAGGCCCAAGAUAGAUGUCACAGAAUUGGUCAGACAAAGCCAGUUGUUGUGUAUCGUCUUGUUACAGCAAACACUAUUGAUCAGAAAAUUGUGGAAAGAGCAGCUGCUAAAAGAAAACUGGAAAAGUUGAUCAUCCACAAAAAUCAUUUCAAAGGUGGUAAAUCUGGACUAAAUCCAUCUAAGAACUUCUUAGACCCUAAAGAAUUAAUGGAAUUAUUAAAAUCUAGAGAUUAUGAAAGGGAAGUAAAAGGAUCAAGAGAGAAGGUCAUUAGUGAUGCAGAUUUAGAGUUGUUGUUAGAUCGAAGUGAUCUCAUUGAUCAAAUGAAUGCCUCAGAACCAAUUAAAGAGAAGAUGGGGAUUUUCAAGAUAUUAGAAAAUUCUGAAGAUUCCAGUCCUGAAUGUUUGUUUUAAAUUGGAGUUAAAGAAUGUCUUUUUAAAAUUCUUGUUUACAUCUACAGAUUUACCUAUAUAGAUGUUAAAAUCCAGAUUGUCCACUUUACUUUCGAUUAUAUCAGAUUAUAUGAUGUUACAUUGCAUAAUUAAUAGGUGGUAAUUUUCUGAGCCUUAUUAAGAACAAAGAAGUAUUCACAUUAAGUUUAGACUUGCAGUUAAUUUUUCAUACUCAGUAGUACUCUUGGGUACAGCCUAACGUGUACAUAACCACUGCCAGAUAUAUACAGUCUUCCUGUGGAAGUUGAAUGUCUUCUCCCCCUCAUUUUCCCUCUUUAUCAGUUUAGGUCAUGGGUUUUUGGUGCUUCAGUUAUGGAGUAGGCUUUUGAUGGGGGAAAGAUUGGGAUUGUGCUUUCUGUUUAAGUAAGAAAUUGUUUGAAUUUUUUAGAGUCUAUUUCUAUAAAAUAGUUUACCAAAUAAAUGUUCAUUAUAAGAUCAUUUCAUCAAAUUAUUUGUUCAGAAAAAAUGGCUUAGGUGAAAUAAUGAUAGCAAAAGUCUUGACUGACAUUGUGAUUCACUACUAUUUACCUGACUUAGUUUCAUUUAUUACUAUAAACACGUCAUAUAAAAAUUUCAGCUGAAUAUUGAGUUCAUGCAAAGAAGGCUCUGGAAGAAACUGACAAAAUCCCAGAAGCUGGAAGUGGCAAUAUAUCAUGCAAAACAAGAAUAGAACAAGCGAGAUGAAACCCUAAAAAUUUAUAUUGUAAUAGGGAGGUAAAUAGUACCAGAGAAAACAAGGCCUAAGUAAUGCAAAAUCCAUAACAGAGGAGAAUAAAAUGGAAACCAUUUUGCCCUGUAUGUAUAUAGGCUACAAGGAAGAGAAAUCCUGAAUGCUCCCUGAGCCAUACAUUUCUGUGUAGGUGUUUGUCAUGGAAAAAUGUCAUUCUGCUGGCGUGUAUAUUCAAAUGUGGGUUAGAUUAUCUCCACCGUCGGGUAGUAUAACUAAAAUAGGACUUGGAAGAAAAACUAUUUUCAAUAUUCAAAGAAAAGAACAAACUACAGAGCACGGGUUUUUUUGUUUGUUUUAGUGGAAAUGUUUACCAAUCACAGUCAUGCUUACUAAUUAAUCAUUGUAACCUUAGUUGCUUAGUAGUUAAAACUUUGACUCUUAAGUCUUUUGUCUUACAUUCUCCCAAAUGACUUGCAUGGUGUGUUCACUUCAGUCCUUACAUCUCUAAUACCUACUCCCGUUGUACCUUGCUCCCUGUUGGCACUGAGAUAAUAAAAAUGGGAAAAGAACUUUUGAAAGUUGCCACCACUGCAUUCUCCAUAAGCCUACUAGUACUGCCUGUGUAACCUCCUUUCCUAUUACUGUGGGUAUGCUGUCUGUCCUAGCUAAUACUUUAUUUUUUAUGGCAUACUUGAAAAGUCUGCAUUCACCGUUUUGUUUCUGCUCUUCCUUUUUUUUUUCCUGAACCUAGUUCAGUUGGGUUUUCAUCCCCACUGCUCCAUUGGAACUGUUCUUAAGGUUUCCAGUGACCUCUGACAUCAUUUUACUUUUUUAGCAGCAUUUCAUACAGUUGUUUAACCUUCUCUACUGAACAAUUUCUUUAGUUUGCAAGGUUUUUAGCAAAUACAUUUCCCUGGUUUUCUUUCCUAAUUCUCUAACUCAAUUUUCUCUGCUAUUUCUUAUGUAUUUAACCCCCAAAUAUUAGAAUGUCCCAGGUAGGACUUGGGGCUCCCUUGAUGGUGUUUUCUCAUUGCUUUAAGUACCAAAUAUGUGGUGAUGGCUCUAGAUCUCCAGCCAGAAUCUUUCUCCUGAACUCAUGUCCAACUGCCUACUUUACCUGGUUGCCUAGUAAGUCAAAUUAUCCUAAAUCUUAUUAACUUGUAGUUCGCCAGCCUGUUGAUGAUAUUACCACCCAUGCAUUUAUUUUUAGCUUCCAAAAUCUUUUGUUAUCUCUGUUCUCUUGUGUUGGAGGUUUAAUGCCUCUUCCAUCCUCUUAUUGUUAUUUGCUUCCAGAUUGUAGUAAGGGACCGAGGGAAACAGAUGUUCUUAUUCCAUGGUAUUGAAACCAACACUCCCUGCCUCAUCUUACAUAAAAAA